CACGAUAUACAGCAUGGGAUGCUGGCAUGUGGAGAUCCUGCUGACAAUCAUCAUACAUGUACAAACCCUACUAGAACCUUUAUGGGCUAUUUAUUCAGUUACUCUCUUUCUUGGUAUUCCGACCUCGGGAACGUAUAAAACCGGGCGGGUUCAGCAGUAGUAGAACUACAUCUACCCAUCGACAUCAGUACACUCUUGUCUUAUUCUACCUCAAUCAUCCACCAAUCGUCAUGUGUAAACAAGUAGCUGAAGGAACGCGCUGGCUAAGAUGCGGGCACUUUCAAAGGCAUCUCGUCAUUGCCAUCGUAGAUUGCAAUUCAACUCGCUGCGAGCGCAGUUACAGACACCCGCCAAGCUGUCGGCAACCAAACUGUACUAAAAACUUCGGACCCGAAAUACAGCGUUCGAUCGACGAUGUCGAUGACAUUUGCCUACAGUGUCGUACAGCAAUGGCCCGCAGGCGUGGUUGACAAAAGCAUGAGCAUCUGUCCUUAGAGAGCGGGCAAAACAUCUUUCCCUGCAUCGAUACUCUCACAUUAGCAUUAUAUUGCACCAUAC